AUGAGGCCUAGCUUCCCGUCCCCGCUCCUCGCCCGUCGUGCCCUGACGCUUGGUGUCUAUCACUCGCCCGCUCGCCCACCCGCAGGGGACUCGUGGGGGUUGCUGGCCUGCCUGUGCGCUGUGCUGUGCAACCUUCCGGCCGUGCCCGCUCUGAACCGCACCGGACCCGCCGGGCCCGGCCCGUCCAUCCAGAAAACCUACGACCUCACUCGCUACCUAGAGCAUCAGCUCCGCAGCCUGGCCGGCACCUACCUGAACUACCUGGGCCCCCCGUUCAACGAGCCCGACUUCAACCCCCCGCGGCUGGGGGCGGACGCCCUGCCCAGCGCCACGGUGAACUUCGACGUGUGGCGCGGGCUGAACGACCGCCUGCGCCUGGCCCAGAACUACCAGGCCUACAGCCGGCUGCUGUGCUACGUGCGCGGGCUGGACCGCCACGCCUCCGCCGGGGCCCUCCGCCGCAGCCUGGCCCACUUCUGCACCAGCCUGCAGGGCCUGCUGGGCAGCAUCGCGGGCGUGAUGGCCGCCCUGGGCUACCCGCCGCCCCCGUCGGCCCGGCCCGGCUCCCCUCCCGACCCCGCCUGGGCCCCCGGCCCGGCCCCCAGCGACUUCCUGCGCAAGAUGGACGACUUCUGGCUCUUCAAAGAGCUGCAGACCUGGCUGUGGCGCUCGGCCAAGGACUUCAACAGGCUCAAGAAGAAGAUGCAGCCGCCGGCCGUCACCCUGCGCGUGGAGGCCCGCGGCUUCUGA